AUUGGGUGCUGUAUCGGGAAACGGCCAAACGGGCAACACUUUUCUCUUGACUUGAAUGUCUUUUAACUUGCAGGUGUGCGACCUUUGAUGGAAUAUAAAGCCGUGUUACACUUAUGCAUACAGUUUCUUUUCAUAUGGCUCACUGUACUGAAGGCACAGGCGUUGGGAGAUGGCGAAGGCGGCUGGUCAUCCCGUUCAGGUGACAGAUUGCAUGAUGAGGGUCCUUGCAACAUAGAUAUCGUGGAUGGCUCUUCACUUUCCCAUCACCAGUUCAUUGAACAAUAUGCAUACACAAGACCAGUCAUUCUCAGAGGUCUAACUGAUAAUACGAAAUUCAGGUUGUUGUGCUCCAAGACAAACUUACUUGAAGAAUAUGGCAACCGGAAAGUGAGGCUCAGUACAGCUAACACUUACUCUUACAGGAAAGUGGAUGUCCCUUUCCAGGAGUAUGUGGACUUCUUACUAAAGCCUCAGUCUUUGGACACUCUAGGCAGUGAUACACUGUAUUUUUUCGGAGACAACAACUUCACCGAGUGGCACAGCCUGUUUGACCACUACAAGUCUCCACCAUAUGUGCUCCCUCGCACUACCGGAGCGUACAGUUUUGGGAUUGCAGGUCCAGGAACAGGUGUUCCCUUUCACUGGCACGGUCCUGGCUACUCUGAGGUCAUAUAUGGCAGGAAGCGUUGGUUCCUUUACCCGCCAGAGAAGGAACCUCAUUUUCACCCCAACCGCACAACUCUGUCCUGGGUAAAAGAAACAUACCCAUACCUGCCCGAGGAAGAGGCUCCACUGGAGUGCACCAUCCGACCUGGAGAGGUGUUGUAUUUCCCUGACCGCUGGUGGCACGCCACUCUCAACCUGGACACCAGCGUUUUCAUCUCCACCUUUCUAGGAUGAACUUUUCUGUCAAGGAAAUCUUCUCUUCUCUCCCACCAGGCUAAUCUCCCCAGCACUUUGAUAUGGGAAGGAGGAUGGAUGCAACAAACCAGACUCAAAUGUGGAUUCAAUAAGGGAUCAAAUUUAAUCUUUCAGUCAGGGUUUUAUGCUGAUCAAGAGAGAGAUUGAGGAAUUGUGAUUUUGCUUCCACUGUUGUCAGGAUAAGACCAAAUUUCCAACUGUAAUACCUGGGACCAAACAGCACCAGAACAUUCCAGCUGCCAUGGAUGCCUGAUCCUACUCUCCUCAUGACAUAUUGCUGUUCCUCUGGUCAUUUUAAAGGGACACUUCACCCAUUUGGAAAAAAUGUGAUAUUUUUUGCUUAGCUCUUUGCUGUUAUGUAGGACAGUAGUGGUAUUAUAUUCCUCUCCUCCUCUGCUAACAUUUUCAAAACUGACUGCAAAAGCAGCAAAGUUUGAGUUUGGUGAUGUGUAGCAGAUUUUUUACAGACUAAAAUGACUGAAGAAGCUAGCUACAACAUAACCUGCCAGCUAUCUGUUAUUACUCUAGAGAAAGUUAUUUUUGUCUUCCAACAUGUGUUCAUGUGUUCAAUGAAGAAAACAAAUGAUAGCAAACUCAAGCAAUCUACUUCUGUCUCUGUGGUAGUUACUGCUGCUCUAGUGUGGAGGGAUACAGGAAGUACAGAAGUUGCCGGAUCUUUUUGGAUGUUGUAAACAGGAGAAAUAUAGUUAUAAACAGUAAUUUGAGGAAGAUGGUAGUUGAUGUACAUACAACACCUGUAAAGACACCUGUUAAGUAAUGUUAAUACUUCUUUGAGUGGAUUAAGAAAGUUGUUCUCAAGAAUGUUAGCUGGAGGGAAGUCUACCUCAAUGGCAGGAGGCUAACAGUUAGCAUUUGGAGCACCCAGCCAGUAUCCAGUACGCAGUAACAAUGAGAGGAAGAUAGCACCACUACUGUGCUACAGAACAGCUGGGGGGGGAUGAGAAAUAAUAUCACAUUUUUCAUAAUGGGUGAACUGUCCCUUUAAAUGAGGUGGAGCUACCAUUAACAUCAAGCAUCACCAAUUAGGGAAAAAAUGUUUCAGGAAUUUCUUUGCUGAUGGCAAAUCUCGCUAAAUGUAAAGAUCACUUGUAGACAUGUGAGACUUAUUAAGUCUGGCGUCAUCAAACUCUGUUGUUUUACCAACGUACUUAAUUCUGGACAGCAGAUUUGACCUUUUAAGUCCAUGGAAGAUUUGAUUUUACUGCAUUACACUUUGAAUUUUUAGCAGCAAAAAGGAUUUGCUAUGUCUUGACUGAGCCUGAGUAAAAACUGCUAAGGAUUCUCCUAAGAUUUUGUUGUUCUUGCUAUAAAACACUUGACAGAUGAGUUUCUAUUUUUAUUGGUUCAAUGACAUGAAGUUACACAGUAACAUCUUUAUUGAAUCAAAGGACAACCCCACUUCUCCAGGCACACAUAGAUUGUAACAUAUAGUGCAUUAAUAUUCAUUUUCAAAAUCCCUUCCUAAAUUUUAAAGAUGUAGCCUAUCAAAUACUAAUGAAGUAUUCUACCACUU